UUCAUUUGUAAUAUGUGCCAUAUAAAGGACUGAGUCCACGCGUUCCCGCCGAGUAGACGGUACCGUCCGCUCUCGGGUCAUAGUUCAUAAAAAGUCUGCAGUGCGUGUUUCGCUUCUGCCGGGUUUUUAAUUUCUUUAUUUUGGAAUAGGUGGUCGUACAUUUUAACUCCUUCAGAAAGAUGGCCUCAGAUUCAGGCUACGGUCAGCCUGGCGCUCAACAAAGCUACGGAUCUUAUGGUGGAUCCCAGGCCUACCCAGGUGGACAGCAGGGAUAUGGUCAGGGUAAUGGGAGCGGCUCUUACAGUGGACAGAGUUACAGUGGUUAUGGACAGCCUGGUGGAGAGAGCUAUGGCCAGCCGUCUCAGGGUUACUCCUCUGGUGGUUAUGGUCAGCAGCCACCAGCACAACCACCGCAGCAGCAGGGCUAUGACCGAUCCGAAUCCACGUCCAGUUAUGGUGAUAAGUCGUAUGGACAGCAGCGAUCUUAUGGACAGCAGUCAGCAGCAGGUGCUGGCGGCGCAGCAGCAGCGUACGGCCAGUCCAGCGGCUCAUACCGGGGCUCUCAAGGUGACAGCCGGAGGUUUGGUGAUGACGCUGGCUCGGACAGGUCAGAGGGUUUCAGGGGCAGAGGUCGUGGGGGUUAUGACCGCGGAGGCUAUGACAGAGGUGGCCGGGGUGGCCCACCCUCCGGUAUGGGUGGUGGUGACCGUGGUGGCUACAAAAAUUACGGUGGAGCCAGAGACUACAGUCAAAAGGAUGACGGAGAUGGCCAUCAGGAUAACUCCGACAAUAACACCAUCUUUGUCCAAGGUCUCACUGAAGACAUCACCCCUGAGGAAGUGGGUGACUACUUCAAACAAAUUGGAAUCAUUAAGCUCAAUAAGAAGACCGGCAGUCCUAUGAUCAAUCUGUACACUGAUAAAGCCACCGGACGACUGAAGGGUGAAGCCACAGUGUCCUUUGACGAUCCUCCCUCAGCCAAAGCUGCCAUUGACUGGUUUGAUGGAAAAGAAUUCAAAGGAAAACCCAUCAAGGUGUCAUUUGCUACCAGAAGAGCUGAAUUCACCCAGAGAGGAGGAGGAGGAGGAGGUGGAGGAGGUGGUGGUGGAGGAGGACGAGGACGCGGCGGCGGUUUUCGAGGCAGAGGUGGCUUUGGUGGAGGUCCCUCGUUUGAUGUCAAGGGUGGAGACUGGCCUUGUCCCAACAGCUCUUGUGGCAACAUGAACUUUGCUAGAAGAUAUGAGUGCAACAGAUGUGGAACUGCAAAGCCAGAAGGAGAUGGAGAUGAUCGUGGCAGCCGAGGCGGGUACGGAGGAGACCGCGGGGACCGCGGCGGAUUCAGAGGCGGCAGAGGAGGAGGCUUCAGGGGUGGAGACCGCGGAGGAUACAAAAUGGGCGGAAGGGGAGACCACAGAGAGGAGAGACGAGGCCGGCCGUACUGAAGACAUUCCAGACCGGAGUCUGUUGUGGGGUGGGGUUGAGGGGGAGCGGGGAGAGGUUUGUGUCCACAAUCCUUUCUGUUGCAUGAGCAUAUACUGUCUGAAACGAGCAGUUUUUCCCAUAAAUGUUGAAUCUACUCCGAGGGGAUGAAUUUGAUCUCUGCCACUUAGUACAGCUUCAGUCCUGUGAGGAAGCGGCAGCGCUGGCCACAGAUCAGCUUUAAAGGGUCAUUUUGCUCGGGGUGAAGGGGGAGGGGCCAGAUGUUAUUUUUGUUACUUUUUAGUUUCCUGACUUGUUGAAUCCGGCAUUUAGUGUGAUAGAUUUGUGAAAUGCUUAUUGUUUUGUAAAAAUCAACUCAAAACUGUUUUACUGGUUUCUUUUUGUUUUUGAUUUUCUUUUUGCAAAAAAUAUUAAACACCCUUUUGAUCUUA